GCUUCAAGCUUAGCGCUACUCCCGGGCGUUUGUCUGGUGACGGUAUUCUUUUUCUUGUAUUUGUUGUUUAAUUCCUGUAUUUAAUAUACUCUUAGGUGUCUUUCUUAAUCUCCAGUUUUGAACCAUAUUAUGGAAUAAAGAUGUGCUAAGGGGAAUAUAAGGUAGAUAUUCCUAAGGGACUUACCUUUAACACUUCUAUAGAAGUGUUACACUUAUAAGUGUAAAGUAGUCCAUCUGCGACAUGUCGCAGACUACAACUACAACUUGAGAAACUCCUCUCUAGUAGUAUCCCGAGUCGAAAAAGAUUUAGGAGUUCUGGUGUCCUACGAUUUUAAGUCUUACGCUGUGACAAAAAUGUCUUUCGAGUAAACCUUGCACUGGUAACAUUGAAUCGCAUUUUUGGCCAGUUUGACGGAAAGACUUUCUACAUAAUCUUCAGUUUUAUUCGUCCCCAUUUAGAGUAUGGAAACAUAGUAUUUCCUUCCUCACUCCAAAAGAAUAAGAACACUGGAGCGUAUCCAACGGCGAGCCACAAAAUCAUUUCGGGGACUCAAAUUCAAACCUUAUAAAGAGCGCCCUCAAUCACUUAACCUCUACCCAUUGGAAUAUAGACGUCUUAGGGGUGACCUGAUGGCUUACAUUAUCCUUAACACUUCUGGACAUCCUCUUAAACACCUACUUAAGCUUGAUCCCAAUACAAACCUAAGGAGUAACACCCAGAAAUUGGAGAUACAACAUAGCAAAACGGACUGUAAACACAACUUCUACUCCUUAAGAGUUGUCAAAUGCUGGAGUUCGCUGCCGACUGAACUAGCCCAAGCGACUUCCCAGUAGUCCUUUAAGAGGAAACUUGGCCUGUUCUUAAGGACUAAGGAUAAAAUCUUGCUAUGAGUUACCAAUUUCUUUUUUUCCUAAUCUAUUAUAGUUAAUAUACCUAGGUCCUGCCUGGAAGUAUUUGUGAUCCCCUGCUACUAGACACGGAAGCCUGUUAAGCGAAAGCUUCUUCUAUUCCAUCCUCAACCAUUUGAAACUUGCCGAAAUUACAUAUAAAUGUCGUCAUUUUCCGCUGUGGUUAAAGUGUAGCUUUUCGCUUAAAUGCCCUCCUUAAGGAGAAACAUCUCGAAGUUAAUGCCUUAAUGGUUGCCUAAAUGUACACCAACCAGUCUAUUUUUGCCUACAUUUACCAUUGUCAUUUUGCCUCGCGCUAGAAUGUCUUCGACAUUUACUUACUGCUGGAAAAUUUUCUUAGCGCUUGACCUCAUUAUGAAGAGUAAUUCGUGUUUAAGAAGUAAUUUGCAGGUAUUCUAAUCGUAAUCUUAAAAAAUAUCAGGAUUCUGGUGUCUGUUAUACUUUGUAAGUGAGAAGUAUGAUGUUUAUUGAUGUCUAGAAAAUGUGGAACUUAGCUGUGUACAUAGAGUUUAUUUAAUGAGAACGCAUACUAAGAAUAUCUCCUUUUUCAACUAGAGAUUAAUUUAACGUUUUAAGACCGUCUCAUUUUUUCUCAGUACAUCACAUACAUAUGAGAAUGUUGAAGUAUAUGUAAACAUUUGUUUAUUUGAGAAAAGUGAUCAUAUUAAAAUCGGAACAAUAACGUUAAAAUUAAAUGUUCCCAUCUUUAUUGGUAGUCCGCAUUUUCGUCUGGUAAAUUCUGAAGCAAUAACUAUCAACUGUUGUGGUGGGGUUGGAUUUGGAUUUUUAUUACAAUAUGAGGUGUGAUGUUCGAUAAGAAAACGGGAAAAAAGGAUGUUACUUAUAUCAUCAUUCUUUCGUUGCCUUUACGUUUGAUUUGUCUCUCAUAUCAUGAGAGAAAACUGAUAUAAAUUCUAGUAAUUCCUCUUGCUCACACUGACCAAUUCGAACUUUGCUGUUAAUGCUUCUACUUUUAUUAGGUAAACUUGCUGUACCUACCCUAACAUUUGGCUACAUCCAAAUCAGCUGAGUCGUAUGGAUAAUCGAGUUUUCGUUUGAGUGCCGCUCUGCUAAUGAUCAGUAGAAUUAUUGUGCUUACCACAGGCUUCUCACUUUAGGGGGUUAAGUAGUUUCAUCCUGCGAAUUACUUUGUUAAAAGAAGCAACUAAGUGUUUAGUUGGAUAGACAUAAUCUAUGAACAGUUGAUUUUUCUGCACGUAACACCUGAUCAGUACAAGGCUGCACACAUUUAGUAAUAGAUUGGUUUUCAUUCAUAUUGAGUCGAUUUACUAUCGAUAUCAACAAUGUCAGGACGUAUACAGCACGUCUCACUCACUAUCCAUAUGCUUGCCGCGAGGAGUACCUGCUUCUUGACCAAAGCAUUAAUGGAAACAUUUUUUUGUUGUACGUGGGAAGAAUAUGGAGCUAGGAGAUUAGUUUCCGAAUCCUAAGGUUCUAAUAUAUAAAAACGAGAAUAUUACGAAAAGUAUGUAAUGACGGAAUCAUUAAUUCACCGUCAGCAUAGAUUACUGAUGUGCACUUACAUAUUAUAUCACUUACAGAAACCCACACGCACUCAGUAGUUAGUCAUGAUUAAUUUUAUUGUCUAAACGUUUUAAGCGGUUGAAGAGGGUCUACAAAAUAACUUCUUACCGUUCUACGACUAUUGUAUGUUUUACUAAGGCCUAUAAAGAGGUGGGACUGUUUAAAAAAAUGCUUUCAUCUGUUGGGAUGUACGCGAUACAAUUACAGGGAUCCCGUUGGUUCCAUCCUUAAGUUUUAUGAGUAUUGUUCUCUAAGGAUUACUCAUCGCAUUUUUGUUUAUUAUCCAUGUAAACAUUUUCUGAUUCGAGACAAGAUAAUUACCUUUUUGAUCAAGUCAAAAGUGUGACUUAGUUUGAAAAUAUCCAUAUAUUACAAAAACAGGAAUUGUGAUUUUAAAAACUGUUCCUCACUAAGAUAUUCCCUACUUUUAGGUCUGGGUCCUUUAUAUAUCUCAAUAAAGAUGCCAAAGAGUAAGUCCAUUGAAGCACGUCCAAGAAAACGUAGACAAAGUCAAAGAAUUGAGGAGCUUAGCAAUUCAGUUUCUGAGCAUCCUAAACGCGAAGUAAAUCACAUAUCACACCUGUCAGAUGGCUCACGCCACCCAAAACUCAGAAGCCGUGUUAGCCAUGAGCGGUCAUUCCUAACAGACUUUCACAUUGUAAACAAAGUUCCAAAGUGGCUCAUUUUAUCUGUCAUAUAUUUGGGGGUCUUGAUUUUUUUGAUGAUGCUUGCCUUUCGUCAAGUAAUGGUAUGGUAUCAGGGAAAACAAGUUAUUACUCCACUUCAUCUACCUAAAGUAAUAUCGGAUGCUUCAUUGCAUGAACGAUCUCAUAGUUUGUUUUGGGGAAGUUAUCGUCCCGGAAUUUAUUUUGGUAUGAAACAUAGAAGCCCCAAAUCUCUUUUGUUUGGAGUUAUGUGGACAAUCCAAGAUCCAGAAAAUUUUGUCUACCGCCACUCAUGUGAUCAAUUUGAUGGCGUUCUAAGCUACAACUGGUUGGAACACGAUGGUCGUACUUUUGGAACACAGCAGAUAGUGGAUAUCCAUCAUAUUAUCACGAUAUCUUUUGUAAAACCGUCUUCUGACUACAUGGGCGGUGACUGGACAGUAAGAAUUUCGGCAGUUGCGCGGAAUCGUACUUCUGUGGAAUAUCCAUUGUCGGUAAUUGUCUACUUCUAUUAUCCUGGUGAUAAAAAUGACUUCUUCAUCGAACCAGUCAUUUCGAAUAAGAAAAUUACUGGAUUGCAAGGUAGUUCAAUGGAGUUGAGUGAUUUUCAUGUUUUGUUUCAUCCUACUCCUCAUAAAUUACAAGAGAGUUCUCUCGUAGCUUAUAUACCUAGAGAAGAUACAAUUAAAGAGACAAUGUUAUCUGGUUUAGGAGUUAGAAGAGAUAAGAAUUUCUUGGCAUUAACAGGUGUCACAAAGAAUCAUGAUAAAAAUCAACCUCCAAAUGCAUGGUUUUAUGAAAUAAGUACAAGACCCAAUGAAAAUAAUCAACCAAUUCUGGAUGUCGAAUUCUUUCGAUCAAAAAGUUCAUUUGAAGGUUUUCAUGGGAACAGUUUUUCUGAAGAGUUAUCUAAACAGUCUAUAAGUUUCCAUAAACAAUUUGUUGAAAGAUUCAGUGUGGAUUUAACGAAGUUUUCUAAUAGACAGGUCAACUUAUCUAAAAUUUCAGUCAGCAAUUUACUGGGUGGUAUUGGUUUCUUUUACGGCACAUCGUUAGUUCGUUCAGCUAAUAUUGGACCGGAACCAGUAUCUAAUUGGGCUUCUAGUUUAUUUACUGCCACUCCAUCUCGCCCCAACUUUCCGCGUGGAUUUUUAUGGGAUGAGGGAUUUCAUGGUUUGAUAUUGGCCCGAUGGGAUCCAAAUCUUGCAAUGGAAACAGUCGGUUCAUGGCUUGAUCUUAUGAAUGCUAAUGGUUGGAUUCCACGUGAACAGAUUUUAGGUUGGGAGGCCAGGUCAAAGGUUCCAUCCGAAUUUGUUGUUCAGUCCUCUGAUGUUGCCAAUCCACCAUCUUUGAUUUUAACUGUUGAAGCUUUGUUAGAUCGUUUGCCUCGACUAACUGUUGCUGAAGCUAAUGAAUUUCGUCGUUGGUCUAUGUUAAUUCUUCCAAGGCUACAUGUUUGGUAUCAAUGGUUCAAUACUACUCAGAUUGGUCCUGUCCCUCUGUCAUAUCGCUGGCGCGGUCGCAAUCCAAAUGAAAUUCAUCAGCUGAAUCCUCUUACAUUGAGUUCUGGAUUAGAUGAUUUCCCUCGUGCCUCUCAUCCAACUGAUGAUGAACGUCACAUUGAUUUACGUUGUUGGAUGACUUUGUUUGCUCGUGUAAUGGCAAGAUUGGCUUCUGUUGUUACACAAUUUAUGCAGGCAGAUCAAAAUGCAAAUGGUCGAUCAAAGCUAGAGGAGACUCGUUCAUUGAUUGCUGAAUAUACUCGUUGGGCUGAUCUAUUAUCAGAUGAGAGUGAACUGGAUAGACUUCAUUGGUCAGAAAAACAGGGCCGCUAUGCUGAUUACGGUCUGCACACAGACUUUGUUAGACUAGAGAUGCCUGAUAUACCUAAGGGAUCACAUGUUUCUAAUGAGCAGAUGAGAUUGGUACGAGUAACUGUGAAAACACCAUCACUGCAGUUAGUGGACACCUCGUUUGGAUAUGUAAAUUUAUUCCCAUUUCUUUUGAAAGUUCUUUCUCCUACAUCACCACGAAUUCCUCGUUUGUUAGCUGACCUAAAUAAUAAGGAAUUGCUGUGGUCUGAGUUCGGCUUGCGUUCAAUCAAUCUUAAGUCUCCUUUUUAUCAUACACACAAUACCAAAGAUGACCCACCCUACUGGCGAGGUGCUAUAUGGAUAAAUAUAAAUUAUUUGGCCGUACAGGCACUACGUUAUUAUUCUCACCAUUCACGUACACCUGUACCUGUCGCUGCAGAAGCUAAACGGUUGGCUGAACAACUGACGCAAAAUUUAGCACGUACCGUAUUAGGUGGACUUGAACGAACAGGUCAUUUAUGGGAACAGUAUAACGAUCAGACUGGAAAUGGUCAACGUGGUCAUCCGUUUUCAGGAUGGACAAGUUUAAUUAGUUUAAUAAUUAGUGAUAGUUCUUAACUUGCUUGUACAUUGUUUUUAUCAUUUAUAUGCCGUGACUUUAUGUUGUAUAUCCUUUCCUUUUUUACGUAUUUUGUCUUUAUGUUGUUAUAUUUUUGACCUGAUGAAUAAAUUUUGGUGGAAUAAUAAGAAGUAUCUGAAUGG